CAUACAGUUUAUUUUCUUCAACAGUUUUUGUUGAACUUCAAAACUUUUUAGAUUUAAAUCUUUUUACCAUUGAUCCUUAGUUUGAUUUCUAAAAAUCUGUAAAUUUUAACAAUGCCUCCUAAGAAAGCAGCUAAAGAGACUUCGACAAGCAAUGGAAAUAUUCCUUUUUUCCAAAUUUUUAUAUUCUUGAUCGCUACAGUUUCGAUGGCUAUAAACUUUGGGAUAAUAACAGGAAAAAUUCCAAUCAAAGGAUGUGUUGGUCCAGCUGGAAAAGAUGGAGAACCAGGUUUGGCUGGCUCCCCUGGUGAACGAGGCCUACAAGGUGCUCCAGGAGAUAAAGGUCCCAAAGGGGACCAGGGGGAGAGGGGGCCCCAAGGUAUUAAGGGAGAUCCAGGCCCAUUGGGCCCAGAGGGUCCUUCUGGUGCUCCGGGUACUAAUGGUGAACCUGGAAAAGAUGGUGCACCAGGGAGUAAUGGCACUGAUGGGGCCGCUGGGGAAAAUGGUUCCCCCGGUGAGAAAGGGGACACUGGUGAACAAGGGCCUCAAGGUCCAGAAGGUACCCCAGGCCCUGUUGGUCCAGAGGGUACCCCAGGUCCUGUUGGUCCCGAAGGUGCAAAGGGAGACAAAGGUGACCCAGGAGUGGAUGGAAAACAAGGACCACAAGGAGACAAAGGAGAUCAAGGACCAAUUGGAAAUCCAGGACCUGAGGGACCACAAGGCCCCCCUGGAGAUAUGGGACCACAAGGCCCCCCUGGAGAUAUGGGGCCUGCAGGACCCCAGGGGCCUCCAGGACCAUCAGCAGAAGUUGGAGCGGCAGAUGAUGCAGAUAUCGGUGAAUAAGGACAUAAAACUAAUUGAUCUUGUGACAAUGGACAGGCAGGACUAUUGACUGGAAAAAUGUUGAAAAAAUAAGACAAGUCGUUAACAAGAUUUCAAGUGGAGAUUGAGUAGAAAUAUAUUGGACGUACUACUGCAGUAGAACGAAAAAUAAUUCUUGAAAGUAAACAGCUAAAUUAGGAGUGAAACUA